GUCCGGCCACACCACCCUCCAAAUCCCACGCCCACCGCAUCCUCCGACCACCCUUCCCCAAAGAUGCCGCCGCCACCACCACUCUAACCGCCGCCCCAUUUCAAUUCCCACCACCGCCCCAUUUCAAUUCCCACCACCGCCUCACCACCACUCCACCACCCCCGCCCCGCCAUGGCCUCCCACCUCCGCCUCCACCUCGCCGCCCCACCACCACUCCUGCCCCAUCAACACCACAAGCACUGUCUCCACCUCCGCCACCUCCCGCGGCCACCUGCUCCCCUCCUAAACCCAGCCCGAGCGCCGCCAUCUCCUCUCCCCCUCCGACGCCUCCUCUCGCACGCCCGUCCCGUCCGGGAGGUCGGGGGCGGCGCGGGCUCGGAGGAGGAUGGCGGUGGCCUCGUGGGGGAGGACUCGGCCACGUUCCGCCUCGGGGACCAGAGCGUGGCGUCGUGGGCCUACUUCGGCGGGAUACUCGCCGCUGUGCUUUUGGCGCUCAACGUGCUGUGGAUCGACCCCGGCACUGGGGUUGGGACCAGGUUCCUCGACGCCGUCGCCUCCGUCUCCGACAGCCACGAGGUCGUGAUGUUGCUCCUUACCAUCAUUUUUGCCGUAGUACAUAGUGGUAUGGCAAGCCUACGGGAAACUGGUGAGAAAAUAAUAGGGGAGCGUGCUUAUCGAGUGCUAUUUGCUGGAAUCUCACUGCCUUUGGCAGUUACUACUGUUGUAUAUUUUAUAAAUCAUCGGUAUGAUGGUACUCAGCUAUGGCAAGUUCAGGGCAUCUCUGGCAUCCAUGAGCUUGUUUGGCUCUCAUCAUUCCUUUCAUUCUUCUUUCUGUAUCCAUCUACUUUUAAUCUUUUGGAAGUGGCAGCUGUGGACAAGCCAAAAUUGCAUAUGUGGGAAACUGGAAUAAUGCGUAUCACAAGACAUCCACAGAUGGUUGGCCAGGUAGUUUGGUGCCUUGCUCACACACUAUGGAUUGGCAAUUCGGUUGCUGUUGCAGCCUCCGUUGGAUUGAUCGGCCACCAUCUAUUUGGUGCCUGGAACGGUGACAGGAGGCUAGCAUCACGCUAUGGUGAAGCCUUCGAAGUCUUGAAGAAGAGAACAAGUGUUGUGCCUUUUGCUGCAAUCGUCGAUGGACGGCAGAAACUACCCAAAGAUUACUACAAGGAAUUCAUCCGGUUACCGUAUGUUGCAAUCACAGCUUUAACCUUGGGGGCAUACUUUGCUCAUCCCUUGAUGCAAGCGUCCAGUUACCAACUUCCCUGGUAGUACUACAGAGAUGUACAUAUGUCGUUCACUACCAUUUCCACAAACAAAGAAAUAGAAAUUUGGUACUUCAGCAGUUUACUUUGCUCCCAUGGAGGCCAUACCAGAAUGCAUCCCUAGAUUGGGGGCUAUCUUGUGUCUACAGGUGUCCAUCUCUGCCGCUGCCAUUGUUGCCGGUUGUGACUUCGUUGGUUCAUCAGGAACAAUCGGCCCUUCUGUGCUUCUGAUUCCUUGAUCAUCGGCCCUUCUGUGCUUCUGAUUCCUUGAUCGUGUUCCUAGAAUCCCCUACCACCUCAAGAGGUUCAGUUUUUUAGAGGCAAGAGGCUUAGGUCUGGUAUGGUUCCACAACGACAACAAAGCCUUUCUAUACCAAUCAAGUUGGUGUAGGCUAUAUAGCCUUUUGAAAGAUCAAUGACUCUAAUAUAGUGUUUAUAUGUUUUGAUAAUUAAUAUCAAUAUAGUUAAUGGAACUAA